CCGGCGCGUGUAGCCGCCGCGGCCAUUUUGGAUUAGGGCAAGGAGAGAACGCGGCCCAGAACGCGGUGGGGGGCGUCGUCUUGGGCACAAUUGCGCAGGGGCAAAGGUCGAGCGGUCCCGCUGCCGCAGUUUUUUUGAAGACAUCAUCCAAUUCUGGUUAUGGACUCGCAGCCAUUGAACCUUAGUUUCCAUCCCCUCUAGUGGGGGCUCUAGUGACUUCCCUCCUUCCCUUAGGCCCGGGCCGAGGAGGCAUUUUCGGGCUCCGGAGGUUACGCAGGCCAAGGCCCGGCGAAGGGAGGCGACCGAUCCGUCGCCGGCGCUGACAGUCCCCAUGGCGCCGCCUCUGGCCCCGCUCCCUUCCUGGGACUCAAACAGGGCGGGGCCCGAGUGCAGGAAGCCUGGGGCCGUGAGCUUCGGGGACGUGGCCGUGUACUUCUCCCGAGAGGAGUGGGGCUGUCUGCGCCCCGCGCAGAGGGCCCUGUACCGGGACGUGAUGCGGGAGACCUACAGCCACCUGAGUGCGCUCGGUGAGAGUCCCACCUGCUCGCCUGGGCCCUGCGCCCCCACAAGCCCUGCCGCGCCUCAGGGAGCUGCGCGUGGAGUUGGGGUCCCCGCGGCCGGGCAGGCGGCUUUCCCCGCAGCGUGGGAAUUUGCGUUCUUCUUCCCGAGGAGUCGGAGGCAGCAUGCAGGCGCUCAUCUCCUGGGUGAAGUAGGAGGCCGAACUGUGGGGUCCGGCUGCCCAGGAUCCGGAGGUGGCGAAGCGUCCGACAGAAGCGGACCCAGCAGAUUCCAGAAACAAGGAAGAGGAAAGACAAAGGGAAGGGACCGGAGCCCUGGAGAAACCCCUCCCUGUGGCCACCGGGCCUCCUGGGCUGAAGGCUCCCCAAGCCCCCUUUGGCUGGUUGGAGCAGCCAUCCAAGGUGCGGUGCCGGAAUCACCCCCGCUUCUUUGCCCACCCCCCUGUCCCACGAGCGGACCAGCGUCAUGGCUGCUACGUGUGCGGGAAGAGCUUCGCCUGGCGCUCCACGCUGGUGGAGCACAUCUAUAGCCACAGGGGCGAGAAGCCCUUCUACUGCGCCGACUGCGGCAAGGCCUUCAGUCACUCUUCCUCCUUGAGCAAACACCGGGCUAUCCAUCGUGGGGAGCGGUCCCACCGCUGUCCCGAGUGUGGCCGGGCCUUCCUGCGUCGCACAGCGCUGACUUUGCACCUGCGCAUCCACACAGGGGAGAAACCCUACAGCUGCCCGCAGUGUGGCCGCUGCUUCGGCCUGAAGACAGGCAUGGCCAAACACCAGUGGGUCCAUCGGCCUGGGGGCGGUGGGCGCAGGGGCCGGCUCCCUGGGGGGCUGUCUGUGACCCUGACCCCUGGCCAUGGGGACCUGGACCUGCCUGUGGGCUUCCAGUUAUACCCACAGAUAUUCCAGGAGUGUGGGUGACCAGGUGUGAUCUAGACAUUGAGGGAGUCCUGAGAUGGGCUCAGGGGCCGAACCUCUGCAGCAGCCUGCAGGGAGGUCCUAGAAUCCGCGGCAAGAGCUGGCUCUGGGGUGCAGACAGUCUCAUCUUGGGCUCUCAGCAGCCUCCUCUGCCAGAGGCUUGCUCCCAGCUGUCCUGGGCUCUCGAAGGCCCCCUUUGCUGAGGCAGGGCUGAGGUGAGAACCCCCCAGACCUCUAUAAGGGGAAGCAAAAGCUGUUUCUCAGCCCAGAGAUGCUAACAGGAUUGAGGUUGAGAAGAACCUUGUUUUACCUAUUGUCUUUCUUUUUCUUUUUUAAUUUUUUGAGAUGGAGUUUUGCUCUUGUUGCCCAGGCUGAAGUGCAAUAGUGUGAUCUCACUGCAACCUCCUCCUCUUGGGUUCAAGUGAUUCUCCCUUCCACAGCCUCCCAAGUAGCUGGGAUUACAGGCACCUGCCACUAUGCCCAGGUAAUUUUUUUGUAUUUUUAGUAGAGACAGGGUUUUACCAUGUUGGUCAGGCUGGUCUCAAACUUCUGACCUCAGGUGCUCCACCUGCCUCGGCCUCCCAAAGUGUUGUGAAUACAGGAGUGAGCCAACUCGCCUGGACUUUUCUUAUUCUUUAACCCUCCUAGAACACAAUACCCAUUGUUUGUUUGUUUAUUUUAUUUAUUUAUUUAUUUUGAGACAGAGUCUUGCUCUGUCACCAGGUUCCAGGCUGGAGUGCAGUGGCUCACCACCUCCGAGAUUCAAGCAAUGCUCCUGCCUCAGCUUCCCAAGUAGCUGGAACUAUAGGCACACACCACCAUGCCCAGCUUUUUUUUUUUUUUUUUUUUUUUUAAGUAGAGACGGGGUUUCACCAUGUUGGCCAGGAUGGUCUCGAUCUCUUGACUUUGUGAUUCAUCUGCCUUGGCCUCCCAAAAUGCUGGGAUUACAGGCGUGAGCCACUGUGCCCGGCUAUUUAUUUAUUUUUAAGACAGCAUCUUGCUCCAUCACUCAGGCUGGAAUGCAGUGGUGUGAACUGGGCUCACUGCAGCCUAGACCUGCUGGGCUCAAGGAAUCCUCCAGCCCCAGUCUCCCAGAUGGCUGAGACUACAGGUGAACAACACUACGCCCAGCUAAUUUUUAAAUUUUUUAGAGAGAUGGAGUUCCCACUAUGUUGCUCAGGCUGGUCUCAAACCCCUGGGUUCAAGCAAUUUGCCCACUUUGGCCUCCUGAAGUGCUGGGAUCACAGGUGUGAGCUAUCACACUGGCCUCCAUUGUGUUUUUACUGCACAAGUUAAAAAAACCAGUGGCCCCAUACUGGAUCUGGCCUGCAGUUACUGUAUUGAUUUGGGCCCAGGCAGUGUUUUUAAGUGAUAUAAAUUAAUGGUGAAGGUUUAAAAGAAUAUUUUGCACCAAAAUCCAGGUUUCUGGCAUCUCUUGAAAAGUCCAAAGACUUAGCAGCUCCACCGAGGCUCCCAUAAAAUCGCAGUUGUUGGGAGUUGGGUCGGAGCCAGAACUCCCAACUUCCUGUGGCCCAGCCACUCAUCCCAUCAGCUCCUGACCAAGCAACACUUGCCAUUCAUCAUGGCUUGCUUUUAGUGUUUUUGACAUUUAUCUUAAAGUACAGCAAAGAAGAAAGGGAGGUAUUUCUUGAACCCAUGUCUCUGCUAAAACAGGCCUUGCAUCUUUCCUGUCUUUAGGUAUGAGCCAUCUUUACUGUCUGUCUUUUAAGUAUGUGCCAUCAUGGGUAGAAGGGGCUAGGCCAGGAACACCUGGUGUUAGAUUUGUAGCCAGCAGCAACAAUACCCAUCUGUAUUCCCAAGCUCUGCAUGGAAUCCCCUCCCCAUCACCUCACUACUCCAUUCCAUCUACCACUAAUUCCUCUGUGGGCAGAGUCCAGCCAUGGGCAGCUCCUGCCCUGCUUCUGGUCAGGACAACACCUGCCCGAGGGGAGCAACGGCCUGUGACCUCUUUGGCCUGUGCGCCCUGGCCUCUCUGGCCUACCCAGGGAGGAAGAAACCCGAUUUACCACCUGAAAGGAGAUAGAGGUUUUGGUGAAAAGACACUGUUCAGGUGCCAAGUGAAGUAAUGAACUGAUUCAUUCCAACCUCUUCUCCAAUCUGAGCCCACCAAGGUCUGCCCUCUCUGAGCUUUUCAGGGGUGGGUUGACUUGUGUGCCACCUUAUCACAGGAGCUCAUGGGUUUGGAAGAGGCACCUUGGCAGUAGGAGCUACCUUUGUACCAGGUUUUAAUUCCCAGUGUAGCUCCCAGUCCCCUCCCCUAACCCUCAGCACAGCCCAGGGCAAGCCCAGACUGACAGCCAGAUCUUGGCCCUGAGUUUGCCAAUUAAAGGUGCCAUGAUUACUAUCUCAAGGUCUCUGAGUGCUUUGAAGGUUGCAAAGCUUUUUUAGAGCCCAGAAGCCAGAUCUGACUCCUCUGUUUCCUGCUCUCAUGACCCAACUUUCCACCAUUUCAUCAAUUUUUUUAGUGUUGUGAAAGCUUUAAGCCUCUGCCCACCCCAUUCUCAGCUCCUCAGUUCGUAGCAUAGAUAUUUCCACCUAGAGGAAGGGCCUGGCUGAGUCUUUUAAAAAUGUAGCUACUCCCACCGGGCAUGGUGGCCCACGCCUGCAGUCCCAGCACUUUGGGAGGCCAAGGCAAGUCGAUCACCUGAGGUCGGGAGUUCAAGACCAGCCUGACCAACAUGGUGAAACCCCGUCUCUACUAAAAUUACAAAAAUUAGCUGGGUGUGGUGGCAUGCAUAUGUAGUCCCAGCUACUCAGGAGGCUGAGGCAGGAGAAUCGCUUGGACCCGAGAGGUGGAGGUUGCAAUGAGCCGAGAUUGCACCACUGCACUGCAGCCUGGGUGAGAGUGAGACUUUGUCUCAAAAAAAAAAAAAAAAAAAAAAAAAAAAAGUAGCUGCUCCCUGGGCUCUGUUCCUCAUCUAUUAAAUCAGAAUCUCCAGGGGUGGAAUUUUAUGCCUGUGAAAGUUUGAGAGAACCACUGCUGGGAACAAAACAUUAUUUUUCUAACUGCUCUUAAUUUUGCAAGAGUAGUGGUUGGUCCCAGGGCAUAUACAAAGUCCUCCAUUUCUCUGUCCUUCCCAAAGAAAGAACAGCAGGGCACAUGGGGUGAGAAGAGGCACCUUGGCAGUAGGAGCUACCUUUGUACCAGGUUUUAAUUCCCCGUGUACAUCCCAGUCCCCUCCCCUAACCCUCAGCACACCCUGGGGAAAGCCCAGCUUGCAACAUCAGUUUUCAGCCCAGACUGACAAGAUCUCUGGCAGAUAUUGGCCCUGAAUUUGCCAAUUAAAGGUGCCAUGAUUAAUA